GUGAACCAUGUUGUGGGCCCAGCACCAGGUGUGAACCAAGUUUAUAUGUCCGUCGGAGGUAUCUCGUUUACUGUGACUAUUACUAUAGAGAUGGACCCAAGCCCUAUUUUACAGAUAUAAAUGGCGUAGGAACUGAUGACUUUGAUCCGUUUAGACUGGAUUCCAUAACUACGAAUUUUGCAUCCGGAAAUGGCGAUAUUCCGGCAUUUAAAAGAGGUCCCGACGCAAACGUUACUGGAUACUUCGUGUUCAGGGAUGACCUCUUCCCGCUGACCUGCUCCUGUAAAACAUGUUAGAAGUCUCCCUAACACACGUUAAUAUCAUCACCGUGUCCUGUCUGAUGUAUAACUUCAUGUAAUAAAGCCUUAUAUAACAACAUU